CGAACCGACUUUUUACGUGAACAGACGUUGCUCAAGAAGAAAUUGUUGGAAAAUUACGAUCCGAAACUCCCUAACAUAGUAAUCAAAAGUGAUGUUGAUAUCCCACGGUUAGAAGUCGAUCUGUCUCUGGGUUUUCUGAAGCUGAAGCGCAUGGCUGAACCCGAACAGAAAACUGAUUUUAUCUUCGAAUAUCAGUUGGACUGGGACGAUGAACGUCUUACGUGGGAUCCGAUGGAACAUUGCGGUAUAGACAGAACUUACUUGAGCCGAGAAGAUGUCUGGAUUCCAGACGUGACAGUAACUCAGGCAGAAUCGUCUCUAGACUUUCGCGAGGAGUACAAGAAGUUUGUUUCGCUGAACAGCACCGGACAUCUGAUAUUCUUUGUACCCACAGUGACGUCCGUUUUGUGUUCCAUCAAGGUACGCGAUUUUCCAUUCGACAGCCAGACAUGCUCCAUCAAGGUGAUGACACAUUCGUUCCGGUCUACAGCAUAUGGUAUAAACAUGGUGAUCCCUCCAGCAAUCGAAAUAGCUUCACCACUCAAAGAUAUGGGUAAUGGCGAAUGGCAAGUGAUAUCUCUGAGUGCAGGAUUAGAGCGAAUCGAGUUUCAAGAUGGAUCUAUCGUUGAAAUAGGCAGCUUCGAUCUCUUUAUGAAGAGAAAUCCUGCAUUUUAUAUCGCAAUCGUCAUCACACCGUCUUUCAUCAUUAAUGUCCUCUGUAUCCUUGGACUAUUUCUGAGCGGUAGCAAAAUGUCGCAGCUGGGUAUGACCUUGACAAAUAUAAUGUCCUUAACUUUCAUUCUCGGAAUUCUUGCUGACGUAUUGCCCAAAGUUGAUGAGUUACCAGCGAUAGGUGUUUACGUUAUGGUCAAUCUGGCGCUUAUAACGGCCUCACUGGUCAUUGUACUACUUCUGCCUUACAUACCGUUACCCUCUUACUUUCGCUCCAGGGUUGAAAAGGAUAAGACCAGGACCGAGAAGGAUAAGGGAGGAGAGGACGACGAAGAGAAAACCGCUCGCUUAAAGCCAGUGAAUAUGGCUCUCCUUAUUCUUCUAGAACUUGCGAAUCUUGUAAACUUUCUAGUGCUUGUCUUGUGA